AUGCGGAAAAACAACGACGAACAACAGCUCCGUGAUGCUAAACGGGCUUAUAAGGAAGCAAAGGAGGUGGGGAAUCGGGCGGAGGAGGCGCGGUGGGCAAAUUACAUCGGCAACAUUCACAAAAAUCGAGGAGAAUACGUCCAGGCCCUCAAGUGGCUCCGCAUCGAUUAUGACGUUUCAAGCAAUUUUUUGCCAGAUAAACAGCUCCUUCCGACUUGUAAUACCCUCGGAGAACUGUAUCUCCGCCUUCAAGAUUUCAAGGAUGCCCUAAAAAUUCAGAAAAAGCAUUUACAGCUUGCAGAGGACACGAAUGACCUCAUUGAGCAACAAAGAGCAAGUACUCAACUAGGUCGAACAUACCAUGAAAUGUUUAUGAAGUCUGAUGAUGACCAUUCCUCAAUCAAGAAUGCGAAAAAGUACUUCAAGUCAGCAAUGAAACUUGCUAAAAAUCUCAUGAAGAAUCCAUCAUCUUGUAAAUCUACUUUUGUUGCAGAGUACGUUGACGCCCACAAUAACAUUGGAAUGCUUGAAAUAGAUCUUGAUAAUCUGGAAGAAGCCCAGACAAUUCUUAGUAGAGGAUUAGAGAUCUGUGAUGAAGAAGAGCUUAGUGAAAAUCAUGAUGGGCGUAGUAGGCUUCAUCACAACCUUGGAAUUGUUUACAUGGAGCUCAGGAAAUGGGACAAAGCUCGGGAGCAUAUGGAUGAAGAUAUUUCUAUUUGUAACAGAAUUGGGCACUGCCAAGGUGAGGCAAAGGGUUAUAUUAAUCUUGGCGAGUUGCACUACAGGGUCCAAAAGUAUGAUGAGGCCAUAAAUUGUUACCACAUGGCACUUCAACGGGCAGAGUCAAUGGAAGAUGAGGAUGUUUUAGUCAGUCAAAUUGAACAGAAUAUUAAAACUGUUAAAGCAGCAAUAAAUGUGAUGGAUGAAAUAAAGAAAGAAGAGCAGAAUCUCAAGAGGCUGGCGAGGAACAUGCAACUAGCUAGAGGCACAGCAGGUGAGAGGAAGUGUUUACUGCAACAGAUUGCAUCUCUUGAUCGUCUUAUUGAGAAAUCAAGCAUGAUCUUUGCAUGGAUGAAGCAUCUUGAGUAUGCAAAGAAGAGGAAGAAGAUAGCUAAUGAAAUUUGUGACAAAGAGAAAAUGGGUGAUUCAUUUCUAUUGAUCGGAGAGUCGUACCAAAAACUCAGGAAGUUCAAGAAAGCUCUUAAGUGGUACACAAAGAGCUGGGAAACAUACAAUUUAAUAGGCAACUUGGAGGGACAAGCUUUAUCCAAGAUUGACAUAGGAAAUGCUCUUGACUCAAACGGUAAUUGGAUGGAAGCCUUCAAAGCAUUUGAAGAGGGUUACAGGAUUGCUGUUGAAGCUAACAUGCCUUCUGCCCAGCUAUCUGCACUUGAAAAUAUGCACUACAGCCAAAUGAUCAGAUUUGAUGAUGUUGACAAAGCAAGGAGCCUGAAGUCAUUAAUUGAUAAACUGAAGCAUUUAACACCUAAGGAGACUCAAGGACAAGACAUGGCAAAUGAUUGUUCUGAAACUGAAACAGAGAUUGAUGAUCUAUCAUUAAAUCCACCUGAAGUUAGAAUUUCACCUGAGAGAAGUAUAUCAAAUGCCAGUAGAUCAAAGUCUCUUUCUGCAAAUGACUUGAGUGAGAAUGCUCCUUUAAUAUCAUUUCUCCGUAACGGUAAAAGUGCUAAAAAGUUGAGAGCUGUGCAUGAUGCAACAGUUGAAACCGCAGUCAAGCUGCCUGAAUCUUCACCCAGGAAGGCAUCUAUUGCUUCUGGUAGUCAAGCGGUUGGUCGUAAACGAAUUCGUCUUGUUCUUUCAGAUGAUGAAUCUGAAAAUGAUGGGGAGCAUACCUCCAGAAGAACAGCUUAUAACUUCCAUGCAAAAGAGGUUGCUACUUCAAAUGGAUGUAAGAGUAAAAGCAAUCUCAAGAGUCCUGUUCAUGAGCUUCAAGUAAGCAAAUAUUUUUGUUCAAACUCUUAUCAAGCCUUUUCCUUAUCAAAUUAUGGAGCAGCUGAAGGUUGGAGUGGCAUGCUUGUACUACCGUCCGAGAAGAGAGCAAAGGGUCUAGUUCCGGAUGUUCAAGACCUAAAAAGAGAUGGCAAAGUCCUGGAAACUUUGGAAGCAGUUGAUGAAUUGAAGAAUCACACAUUUGGAAACAACAUAUUUGAAGUUUCACUUGGGGUAUGGGUACCAAAGCCAGUCAUGAAGUUAUAUGUUGACUGCUGCAAGGAGCUAUCUGAACAACCUGAUUUGAAAGUUCUUAAGAAGCUAUAUAAUCUAGAGGUAUCAGAAGAUGAGGUUAUAGUAUCUGACUGUGGAUUGCAAGACAUAUCAGUUGCACCCCUGCUUAAUGCCUUGCAUGCUCACAAGACAGUCGCAGUCAUAGACCUUUCUCACAAUCUUUUGGGAAAUGGAACAAUGGAGAGACUUAAGCAGGUGUUUACAUCAUCAGGACAGGAUUAUGGUGCUUUAGUUUUGGAUUUGCAUUGCAAUCUACUUGGUCCCACUGCUUUAUUUCAAAUUUGUGAGUGCCCUGUGCUAUACAACCGAUUGGAAGUACUAAACAUCUCGGGCAACCGCUUGACAGAUGCAUGUGCUUCUUAUCUUUCCACCAUUUUGAAGAAGUGUAAAGCUCUUUAUACUUUGAAUAUCGAGAAGUGUUCUAUCACGUCUAGAACAAUCCAAAAGAUUGCUGAUUCACUGGAUUCUGGAUCUGUACUUGCGCAUCUGUCUUUAGGACACAACAACCCUAUAUCUGGCAAUGUCAUUAUCAACCUUUUUGUGAAGAUUUGUAGCUUAAACAGAUUCCAAGAACUCAACCUAACUGGCAUAAAGUUAAGCAAACCUGUGGUUGAUAGCCUUUGCCAGCUUGCCACAAAUUCAUGCUUGUCCGGGUUGAUACUUGGAGGCAGCUCCAUAGGAACAGAUGGGGCAUUACAGUUAACUAAGUCGCUAGCUAAUGAGACCCAGGAACUGGUGAAGCUUGAUCUAUCAUCAUGUGGACUGACAUGUGACUAUAUUAUUAGGCUGAAUAUUGAAGUGUCUUUGAUUUAUGGUAUUCUUGAGCUGAAUCUUGGAGGGAAUCCUCUUAUGCAAGAGUGCGAGGACAUAAAUGUUGCGGUGUUAGACCCUGUUGCCGAAGGAUUUGAGCUUGUCCCUGGUGCAAUUCCUGAUUGUUCUCAACAACUCCGUCGAAGUUGA